UCAAUGCCAUCACCUUCUUCCUUAUGUUCAGAGACAAGUCCAAGUCUUUAGUCAAAUCUUCACCUUCAACCUUAUUCUUCUUCUUAUUCCAUUCACAAAAUUUCUCUUUAUCUAGUACCAAUUUUUUCUAACCCAAUUCACAAACCAAACUCAAAUUUUCCUUCUCUUUCUCAUUUUCAUUUUCACACCUCCCUUUAUUCUGCAACACCCUCUUCUCCAUUUUCAAUUUCCCUUCAAAAUUCAGAAACUUUACACUGAUUUUUCAUCUGGGUUUUCUCCAUUCGUGUUUAAAUUCAAUUGGGGUGUUCUUAAAUUUCCAUCCAAACCCUAAAGUUUCCAUCUUUACAAAAAUUCAUUUUCACAGGUAACAAGCAAAAAAAAAAAAAAAAUCAUGGGUGCAACUGCAAUAUCAGGAACAAGUGAUACAUUGGGUGAAUCUAAUGCAAUUGAAUUAACAGGAAAAAUCAUGGUGGUAGCUAUAAUUUUUCUGUUCAUGGUUGUUAUGUUUGUUCUAAUACUUCAUCUUUAUGCUAAGUGGUUUUGGUGGCGUUUUGAGGAAAGAACUGUUCCUCAACCACAAAACCGCCGCCGUCGUCGACGGCGGUUUGUUUUUGCUCCUGGUCAAGAUCCUGUUGUCUAUGGAACUCACCAAAUUGGUCUUGAAGCUUCAAUUCUUAAAUCUUUGCCUGUUUUGGUUUUCAAACCUGAAGAUUUCAAAGAUGGUUUAGAAUGUGCUGUUUGUCUUUGUGAUAUUGUUGAAGGAGAAAAAACAAGACUUUUACCAAAAUGCAAUCAUGGGUUUCAUUUAGAUUGUAUUGAUAUGUGGUUUCAAUCUCAUUCUACUUGUCCUCUUUGUAGGAAUUUAGUUUCUGUUGAAUCCUCAAAUGGUGAAGAGAAAGAGAUGAAUGUGUUAGUUUCAUCAGAAAAUGGUGAAAAUUUGAGUCCUAUGAAUGGUUUAGAGUCUUCAAAUUUUCCUACAAAUGUUUUGGUUUGGGGGAAUCAUCAAACACAAGUUAAUUCUUUUAGUGUUUGUUUGGAUGAAGGAAGUUCUCAACAACAAUCUUAUUCAACAUCAUCAUCAUCAUCAUGUUCUUUAGAUGGUGAAAAUGUUAACAAUAGUAGAUGUAAUGGAAAUGGAAUGUUGGUGAUUGAUAUACCACAAAAUGAGUUUAGUUCUUCCUCUUUGUCAUCUUUUGAUAGUAGAUGUGUUGAAGAUGAAAUGAAAUCACCAAUGUCAUCAAGGUUGAGAUCAUUUAAGAGGCUUUUAAGUAGGGACAAAAAGUUAAGUCCUUCAAGUCCUAGUUCUAUGGAUGUUGAACAAGGCUCGAGCUAGCAGAGACUUCUAAAACCGUUAUAUUGCAGUCACAAUUGCGGGAUUUCUAAAACUGUUAUAUUGCGGUCGCAAUUGCAGUUGGGGACUGUAAUUUAAGAGUUAUGCUACUUUCCUUCCAAUACUUGUGCACAUAAUGAUGGUUAAGGAUUGAUGCUAUAUAUGAUGUCUUGUUAUUUAUUCAAUUUAAUUUUUUGUUAAUAUAUGUGCUAGCACAUUAAGUGAAUCAUUUGAAGUGAUUAUAUUGUAUAAAUGACAGGUUAUUUAGUUUAUUCAGAAGAUGAGAUUUGUAGUGUUAUUGUUAACAUUUUGAAUUUUACUUGCAAUUAGUUUGACUACUUUUAUGGAUGAAAUGGAAUGGAAUUUUAC